UGAAACAAACAAAAAGCCCUCAAAACUCUCCAUCUUCACCUGAGGACGAGAAGAAUUGCGAGAUGUUUCUGAUUUUGACUCUCACUUCGGGAUUCUCGGAUUAAGGAAGUUACAAACAGUUACCAGUGGAUACAAAGCAAUAAAAUAUUAACAGGCAGAUUUUCUUGGGACUAGUUUGUUGUUGAUGAGAUUCUACUUACUGAGGUUCACCUCUUAGACAUAGGUAUCACCAUAACAACCAGAGGAGUUUAAUCAGUGUAGCUUUUAUUUAACUCGGAUAUUGAUGAAAGCUUUGUCGCUUCUGCUCCUGCAGUUCGAGGCUGUUUCGUCUCCAGUAAACACAUCAGAGUGAGACCUCUGCGCGCUCCCUCCCUCUUUGCAGCUUCAGAAGCUAGUGCCGCUGCGCUCAUGUCUCCCCGGAUCCAGCAACCGGUUCUGUUCAGAAACUUUCCGGAUCCCUGACGGCCCAGCAAAGAUGUUCCGGCUGUGGCUCCAGGCGGCGGGGCUCCUGUGGCUGUGCGGCGGCUCUGUGGGCGGCUCUGGGCGGCUGUACUCGGAGGAGGACCCGCUGGUGAUCCUGGGCAGCAGCAGCCUGAAGCCCACCGUCACCAACUCCUCCUCGGCCUGGCUGGUCCAGUUCUACUCCUCCUGGUGCGGACAUUGCAUCCAGUACUCCAGCACAUGGAAGGCUCUGGCUCAGGACGUGAAAGAUUGGCAUGAGGCCAUCGCUGUGGCUGUGUUGGACUGCGCUCAGGAGGAAAACUUUGAGGUCUGCAAAGAGUUCAGUUCUGCAGUUCUUUGUGGCUCACAGCUCAGCGGCGGACAAAGGGACGAUCUACAGAGUGGCUCUUCCCACACCCCGGUAAAGGAGGGAAUCGCUAUGGAAACCACUUUGUUGCUGAAGUCCGGAGCUGACCGGGAGGUCCGGUCCGUCCGGCAGCUGAUGGUCAACAUCCUGCAGAACCACAGCAGAACAGAACGGCCCCAGAGCUGCCCUCCGCUGGAGCCCUACAGCGCUGCUCAGCUGCUGCCCCUGCUGGGUCAAAGGUCGGACCACUACACGGCCAUCAUCGUGGAGGAGGCGGGGUCGUUUGUUGGCCGGGAGGUGAUCCUGGACCUGCUACAGUUCUCAGGCGUUGAAGUGAGGAGAGCUCUGGCCUCUGACCUCCCCCUGCUGGACGUCCUUAACAUGGCCGCCUUCCCCUCCGUUUACCUGCUGCACCCCAACGGCUCGCAUGCCCCUCUGCACAGCGAGAAGCCGCUCCGGUUCUUCUUCUCCUCCCUGCUACGGAGCCUCCCAGGCGUGCAGCGCCGCAGCAGUUCUGAGGUGGCCCAGAUGGGGGCGCUGCAGGACGGAGGGACUUCGGGGCCGUGGCGGGACUUUGACAGGUCCCAGGUGUACACGGCCGACCUGGAGUCGGCGCUGCACUACCUGUUGCGGGUGGAGCUGGCUGCCCACGGCACGCUGGAGGGGGCGGAGCUAAAGGUCUUCAAGGACUUUGUCACUCUGGUUGCCAAGCUCUAUCCAGUUGGAGGCUCCGUGGUGAAGCUCAUGGAGACGCUCUCUGAUUGGCUGCUCGGUCUGCCGCUGCAGCAGAUCCCCUACCAGGCCGUCCUGGACCUGGUGGACAACAAGAUGAAGAUCUCUGGCGUGUUCCUGGGAGCGGAGCUUCGCUGGGUUGGCUGCCAGGGCAGCAGGCUGGGGCUGCGGGGCUACCCGUGUUCGCUGUGGACGCUGUUCCACGUCCUGACGGUCCAGCACGAUGCAGCGCCCGCCGCGCUGGACGGCUCAGGUCUGGAGGGCGAGGCGGCACCGGUGCUGCAGGUGAUGCGCCGCUACAUCCGGACGUUCUUCGGAUGUAAAGAGUGCGGCCGUCACUUUGAGCAGGCGGCGGCCGCCAGCAUGGACCAGGUGACGAGCCGAGAGGACGAAGUCCUGUGGCUGUGGAACCAGCACAACCGGGUCAACACCAGGCUGGCAGGGUCUCUGAGUGACGACCCGGUCUCCCCCAAAGCGCCGUGGCCAAGCCCCGCCCUCUGCCCCGCCUGCCACGAGGAGAGCAACGGCGUCCACGUCUGGAACCACGCCAACGUCCUCGCCUUCCUUCGCCGCCACUACGGCGCGUCCAACCUGAACCCCAGGUACUCCCUGACCUCCCCACGCCUCCAUGCCGGUGCCGGUCCGGCUCAGACCAGACGGCCUCAGGAGGAACGCCCGGCUGCUGGAGGGGAGAGGAGGAAGGGAGAGGAUCAGGUGGAGCUCCGACCCAUCCAGCCGGGUCCGAGGCGGGGGGAGCAGGCAGUUCUGAUCCAAGGAGAGGGCGGGUUCUGGAUUCUGGGCCUGGGCUUCACCAGCGUGGACAUGAGCCUCUGCGUGGUUUUAUAUGGCAGCUCCUGCCUCUUCCUCAUGCUGCUCUUCUUCUUCUUCAAAGUCCGGUCCAGGAGGUGUAAGCUGCGCCACGCCCGGCUCCACGUCUGACCUGCAGCUGGUCCGAACCAGGACUCUGACUGGGUCAGAACCGCUGCUUCCUGUCCCUGGUUGACUUUCCUGUGCGGUUCUGAAAGGAAGCAUCUCCGACAGAACAGAUCCAUUGAACUGGUCAGCGUUUUUUAUCAGAACCGGGUCAGCUGGACCAGGUCAUAUCGGCACUAGACAGUGAUUUAAGAUGCUCUACCUAUUUCUGUUUGUAUUUAUUUUACAGUGUGAAAAGUUUUGACCCUGAACUGGGCCAUGAACCGGACUCAGAACCGGGCCAUGAACUGGGUUCUGAACCGGGUUUUUUUCCUGGACCAGUGGGCGCGAUGAGAAACCAGUAUCUGAAUCUGAACCAGACUGGAGUUUGAGUUCUCUUUGUGACAAAUGUUGGACCUGCUGAUGAACUCAAACUCCAGUCUUUGGAUGGGGACCAGUGGAACCGGUGAAGACUGAGGAGUUGGACCUCCAUGAAGAGCUCGGUUUGUAGAACCAGGACUGGAUUGAAGCGUGGUUUCGAUCUGGUCCAGUUAAGACUGGAUCUGAGUCGGGGUCCGAUCACAGCAGGAAAACCAGAAUAUGUGUGUCAGGUGAUGAAGCUGCUUCCAUCUGCUCUGUUCUGACGCCCUCUGGUGGUCAAACAUGAAGCUCUCACAAACUGUUAACAUUAAUAGACUCCCGGUUGAUGUUUGAUGUUCAACUGAGGUUUAUUUCUGACCUGCUCUCAUCUAGGUGGCGUGUUUGAGUCGGUCAGGUGUUUCUGCAGUGUUUUACUCAUUGAUGUUUCUCAGUGACUCCCUCUGGUGUUUCUUGCUGUGAAUCUGUUUCAGUCAGAUUGUGUUUUUCUGAUUAUUUGUAAUCUUUGUUAAUGUGUGAAUAAAUCUUGUUGCUGCAGCUCUGA